GGCCGAGGGCGUCCGAGUCUACCUCACCGUCUCCGUGGCAGCCAGUCCGAGGACGUGGACUCCGUGGGCGUCACUGCCCACCGGGGGGCCGGCAGGGGGCGUGGGGGAGCCCGAGGAGGCAGGUGGUGCUCGGGGUCCGCGGCCUGCCCCUGGGCGGCGAUCCGGAGGACAGGCUGCGGGGACAGCUCGGCCUGUGGCUCUCGGACCCGUCUCCCCUCGCCCGGGCUUCCUGGUGAGAAACUUCCACGGACCAGAGGGUGUCCGCGCAUCGCCGGCUGGAGUGGCUGGUGGCGCAGCAGCGGCAGCCACGCGAGUUUACGAGAAGCAGCGGCUGGGCAAGGCGGGGGCCACCCUGUCUCGGGGCCGCCCUGUCUCCAGGCCACCGCCUGAAGCCUGACCGGCAGCCUGGUCCUGUGCCCACGGCUCUUUCGGAUGGCGGCCGCGGAGGCGCAUGCCGCCCAGGCCGCGUUCCACCCGGUGCCGCCCCCAGCUGCGCUACCGCAUGUCUCCUUGGAGCGGAGCAGGCACUUCGAGGAACGGAGCGCCCGGGAGAUGGGUGCGGCUGUGAGGCCGGCCGAGGGCCUGACCCUGCAGCUCUCCACGGACCAACAGCUUACCGAGCUCUUCCACCGCGAGACCCUGCUAGACCCCCGGUUCAAGGGCAGGAUCGAGACCAUCCUCCCCGAGGGGGUGAACACGGACCACUGGAAGCAGGCUCUCGUGUACAAGACAAAGGCGCUAGGAGCCCCAGGGCAGAAGGGAAGGGCCCGGGGGAGCCAGUGCAGAGAGGCCGGCCCCCCCUCCUCUGGGUCCUCGCUACUGGGCCAGAGCGAGAAGAGCCUAUUGGAGUGGCUGGAGAGUGUGGGGUUGCUGGCCUCUGCGUGGAGCGAUGCCUCCCUCUCGACGGAGAGCCACCUGGCUAGCUUCAUCAUCAAGAAGCACCCGUGUGAGAAUGAGACAGUGAGUGCCCAGGAGGACCCCUUGGCUUACUGGAAGAAGCGGCGGGACAUCUGGCCAGCCCUGGCGAGACUGGCCACCACCUAUCUGUCCUGUCCUUCUCCUGCCGACAAGCACCUCCUUGGCAAGCAUCUUUGCCUCCCUGGGCAGCCCCACCAUCAUAGAGUAUGACUCCCUGCUCCUGGUGGAGACAGUUAAGCAUCUUCUUUUGAAGACCAACCUGGAGCAUUUCUCCAGCCAGACGCCCCCCCACCCCUCAUUUCUCCCCCGCCCCCCACGGAGACCUGGCCGAGGAGGGGCAGAGCUGGGAGUCUGAGCGCUCAGAAGCCCCAGAAAGCUGCCCCGGGGGAUGGCUACCUAGAUAAGAGAAGUGGGCAGAGCGCCCUGUCCUAGGAUGGCCAAACUCUGAAGCCUCUUUGAGAAGAAUGAGGACGGUUUCUCAGUUCUGGCCAGGUUGCCAGUUUUGUUUUCAGGGAGAAGCCGUUUUCCAUCUGCCCACUGCUUGUGUUACUGCCAGUGGUGUGUUGUGUGGAAAGGUGGGCCGUGUUCCUCGGUGACUCGAGCCAUCCCACCUGGUGUACAGCUGUGGUGCCCCUUUAAAGCGUUGGCGGGGAGGGAGGGCCCACACGCAGGGCCUGUGUUGGCUGUGACGGCCCUGGAGGCCGGCUUUCUCAGAGGGCCCGGGGCUGGGGAGGCGGGGGUGCUGCGGGCACUGAGGGGAAUGCCCUCAGCCACCCUUCUUGGCAAAGGAAAGAGCCCCAAAGAUACAGCAGCCACCUCAAGAGGGACGUGCCCAUGCACCCGCCGGUCUCCUUCGGCUCCAUCCGUUCCAGGGCAUCCUGGGUGCCAGAGCCCUGGGGGGCUGGACUGCCCAGCUCCUGCAGGCAGGCAUGUGGUGGAGCAGACCUGAGACUCCUCUCACAGCCGUUCCCACCUGUAGUCUGUUUCCAGGCUGCUGGGAACCUCAGGGUUUCUUGUUUGUACAGUGACAGUGGUCUCAGGAAGCCAGGAAGGGCAUAUGUUCUGGUACCCACUGGCCAGAGUUCCUUUAGGGCCGGGCGCAGGCCCUGGGGGCUUGUGAGUCCCAGUGCUGGUGGGAUUGGGUGGGAGAAGGUGAAAGGGUGAGGCUUGGAGGGCCUGUCUGUCCCACGAGCCGUGAAUCCAGCUCUUCUGAGGUGCUGGGAGCCGGGCUCUGAGGAGGGAAGGUGGUGGAGGCUGGGAGGCAGCAGGCUAACCUGCACUUUGGCACCGGCCAUGGGGGCGAGCCCCGGAAACGUGUCCCCUCUUUCCCGCCGAGUCACUGUGGCUAGUUCACUGCAGGACAUUCAGAAGUUACUGAGAAUGGUAGGCAGCAGGAGAAAUUCAUGGUAAUCGUUUUUGCUCAGCAGUCUCUGUGAACUCUUUACCUUGAGAUUGUAACCCUCGGUACUGGUCAGUCUGCUGUGUGCUCAUUUGAGCAGGGUCAUGUGGCUCCUUCUUGAAGAAAACCUUGAGUGGCUUGUGUUCAGUGUUUGCAACAGCGUGAGCUGGAGUCACCUCCACUCUCUGCUCAGGUGGCGUCUUCUCCCCUGCUGCUGGAAGGCAUGUGUGCGGGGGUGGGGGGUGGGCUGUCCUGGGGGCCACGUAUUAUUGGUCGGUGCCGCCAUCCCUUGGUCAGCUCUCAGGAGAGGCACUCUUUGGUGUGGCGUCACCCCCUGCGGCUUCUCCACAUUCCUGGAGAAGGGAAACCUGGACUGGAGCAGCAGGGGGUGUGCAAGGAGGCGGGCGGAAGGCAGGGGUGAGAGCCUUGAGGGUCCUGAGCUCGGGGGCUCGGGCUCUGGAGCAGCCGUGCCCCACCAGGGGCAGUUUGGUCCCCCAGAUGUUUGGAUGGUCGCGGCUUGUGGGUGGGUCACUCCUGUCCUCUCGUGGGUGGGAGAUGGGCACAUGGCAGAGGCAACACCUUGCUCCUGGGCGGCGCCCGGACCCCGUCUGCCUGGACUCAAGCCGGCCUCCUGAGGCUGGCACCAUCAGCACCCCACCCCUCAUCCUUUCUGCACCCACAUGCCUGAGAUGGACCUGGGCGUCUGGUCACAUGGCCAGCUCCGAGGCCGCGUCCUCCCUCUCUGUGGCUCCCUGGCUGCCGUGGGGGCCUGGCCUCUGGCUCCUGCAUUUAUGGCAGGACUCCAGUGCCCUUCAUGUGCCCCCCGCCCUGUGGGCCAGAUCAGGUUUAACCUGAUGCGGCGGUGACCCCGUCGCCACGCUCCUUACAAGCAAACCCUAGCAGACGCUUCUGCAGAGUGAGCCAGGCUUCUCAUCAGGUACCUCCGUGCUUUGGGAUAGAAACUUUGCUAGAAAUGAAGGCGGAGCUGGGCCGCUGAAGAUUAAAGAUGUGGGACCCCCUUCUUAGAGGUGGGGUGGGGGUGGGAUGUGUUGGCAGCCCCCACAGCUUCCUAGGGGGUGUGGGAGGAGCUCUGGGUCUGGUUUCCUUGGUGGGGAUAAGUGGCAUUGCUAUGGAGACACAGCCUGGGAGCCUGACCACGGCCCUGGAGACCCGGGCUUUGUAAACAGCAGGAGUGAAUGACCCCGUGGUUCUCCCCGGGCACCACCCUGUCUGGCCUGCGCCUGGCUGGUCUGCAGGUUGGGGAGCUGCCACUUGGAACAGAGGUCUCUGGUGGUUUUCCUCUCUGCCUGAACCCUGACCCCUCUGUGCUCCUCUGGCAUGGCAGCCGCCCCUCCCCCUGGGCCGCCUCCCUUGGGCUCUGGGCUUUCGGUGGCCCCUGGGUCACUGCCCGUCCCAAGGCCACUGGCGGCCUGGAAGUCCCCUCCCUCCCCUUUUCCGGAGACAGCAUUGGGGCCACCCUGCCCCUGCCUUCAGGACGGCUUCCCGGACUAUUCUGCCUUCCCUCCCCAGCCCCUCUUUGCCUACUUGGGAAACGGCGUCAUGUUUGUGGCUGGAACCAUGCUCUCUGGCUUAUGGGAAGGGACAUUCUGUUGAGGCCAGAGUGAAGCGCUGGUCUUGUCGGGCAGGGGUCAGGGGAGCAAAGGCAUGGGGCCUGGCGGUGCUGCCACUCACUCCGUCAACCCCAGCUUCCUCGUCUAGGACUGAAGGCUGGGCGCUCAGCCCCCACAGCUGCCACCAGGGUGGACCAUGGAACCCUGAACCCAUUUUGAGUUCAUUGCUGAUGUUGAAAAAAAUCGAGUCGAGAACACCUUGGAGGGAAUAAGGCAAGGCUCAUGUGCUCUCAGCUGUGUCUGCAAAAGCAGGGCACUCCCAGGAAGGAAGCAAAGGAGAUUGGUGACUCUGGGGGCCUGUGUCUAUUCAAAAAUAGAUUGAAAGGGUUUGAGAAGAAACGUCUCAAUUUGUGAUACGAGCAGUUACCGAAAAAGGAAAGGAAUGAGAUUGUGCACACUGGGGCCGUGGAGGGGUUGUAACGUCGGGCCUGAACUUCAUCUGGGACCCCCUCAGGUGGGGGCCUUUGCUUGGCCAGUUCCUGCUGUGGGGUCUUGGCCCUCCUGCGCCUUGGGCUGGAGUCCUCCGGUCCUGCUGGGCAGCUAACCCUGGCGGCAGGGGACUGGUGGUCACGGACGCGUCCCCUGCUGCAGGUCUGUGGUGCUCAGAGGCCCACUCACUGUUCGAUUGUCUCUCCUUAGGGAC